AUGGGAGCAGGGAGAAAGCUUGAGACAGGAGGAAGUCCGGUAAAGCAGACGGUUGGGCAACAGAACCACCCGCAGCAGUGUGCGGAGCAGUUACUCUUUUGUUCCCUAUUGCUGUGCUCGAGGGUUCCGGGUAAGGGGAAGAAAGAAGAGGAAGAAGAGGAAGAAGAGAGUGGCACAGAACUAUACACACCCCGAGUCUUGACGAUUAGUGGGUGGAAGGGCUCGAAGAAGCGCUGCCUGCCCCGUUUUCACGCAAUCUAUGAAUUCCAAUCACCCACUCAGCCAAACAUCAUCAUCAUCAUCAUCAACAACAUCAUCAUCAUCAUCAUCAUCAUCAUCAACAGCAACAACAACAACAACAGAGUCCUUAAAAUUGCUGGUUUUGAUGUAGAAGAGCUACCAGGUACUUGUACCCGGGAUCAGGUCUUGGCAGGGGCGACCCCAGAGCCAAGUUGGGACUCUCGGCCCGUACCCGGUACAUAA